UCUUUAAUUAAUUUGUUAAUUAUUUCUAUUGUAGGAAACAUUUUAAUGGUCAUAUUAUUAAUUUACAAUGUAAUUACUGGGUCAUUAAAUUAUGUAUACUAAUGCUUCUAUUGGUACCGGAAAAGGUAUUUAAAAAAAAUAUUUCAUUUUGUUAGAUUGGCCACAGAGAAAGUGGAGGUAAUGUCAUUGUCAGCACUUGCAUUGCAUUUGUCACUUUUUCAUUCACCUCUAGUAUUCCGCGAGAUAAGGUAUGUGAAUAACUGUAAUAAUAAUGUCUUUCUGAACGUCAAAAUAAUAUCGAGAACAUGAACUAAAUUAGUGUUCUGGGUGAGUUCUUUAUUGUUGAAGUUUAAUUAUGUUUUAAUAUCAAUUGGAAUGCAAACAAAGUAUUUAUAGUGUUUGUGCAGCUCUCAUUGUUGAUACCUGUGUACAUAUAUGUAAAGUCUGCUUUGUGCAAAGAUUUUAACAGUAAAAGUCGUGGGGUGUUCAACAAGUGACUUCUUAAUAACACAAGAUAUUCGUAAACUACGUACAAAAUGCAGAAGUGAUCAUUAGAAGGAAUAAUUUACAAGAAUAGAUUAACCAUGCGCGGUUCCUUAGAUAAUGACGUAAAACCUUGCGUUGCCGGCCAACGUAAGAAAAGAUUCCCUAGUCGAUGGUCCCUGAGGCAACUCAUUUAUUCUAGUCCGAUUUUAAAUAGAAGAAGAGGUCAGAAUGCUUCUGGUCCUUCGAAAUUUCAGAGUAAGAAAGAUGGUAAAGAUAUACCGGAUGGCAGGGUAGGAAAUAGUUCUAAAGAAAAUGAUAGGCAUCAUGUCGAAAUUCACCAAGCAACUAGUCGAACAUCUGUGUUUACUACAAGCACUAAGAGUGGUGAAGUUCUCGCAACGUCCAUGGAAUGCCCAUUGUGCUUCGCCGAACUUCCCAUAGAAGAAUUCUGCGCAUUGGAGGCGUGCGGCCACAGGGCAUGUAUUCCCUGUUUUCAACAAUAUCUCAAAGUUGAGAUCACAGAGUCACGAAUAUGUAUAUCGUGUCCUGAAUGUUUGGAGCCGAUGCAUCCUAAUGAAAUUCGCGCGAUUCUCGACAAUCCCGCCCUCUUCGAGAAAUACGAAGACUUCAUGGUACGUAGAGUGCUAGCGGUAGAUCCGGACACCCGAUGGUGCCCUGCGCCGGAUUGCUGCUUCGCUGUAAUAGCCAGCGAAUGCGCCAGCUGUCCGAAGAUCAGGUGCGAACGUCCCGGAUGCGAUUCGUAUUUUUGUUACCACUGCAAGGCCGAAUGGCACCCUAAUCAGACCUGUGAUGCCGCUAGGGCGCAGCGAUCGCCCAACAUUCGGUCAUCGUCGAUUACUUAUAGUCAGGAUUCCCAGCAUAGGGAUGAUAUAAAACUGUGUCCGAGAUGUCAAGUGUUAAUAGUGAAAAUGGACGACGGUUCAUGUAAUCACAUGAUGUGCGCCGUCUGCGGGGCGGAAUUUUGUUGGCUGUGUAUGAAAGAGAUUAACAAUCUUCAUUUUCUUAGUCCAUCUGGUUGCACCUUUUGGGGCAAGAAACCGUGGUCGAGGAAGAAAAAGAUCUUAUGGCAGUUAGGAACACUAGUCGGAGCACCUGUUGGUAUAGCUUUGGUAGCGGGAAUUACAGUACCUGCAAUGGUGAUAGGCAUUCCAGUUUGGGUCGGUAGGAAAUUAUUCACUAGGUAUAAGUCUUCUGGGAAACACAAAAGAAACGCUGCUAUAGUUAGUGGAGUCGUAGCAUCGGUGUUGAUCUCACCACUUUUAGCAGGCCUAGCGGUAGGAAUAGGCGUGCCGAUCCUUCUUUUUUACGUAUACGGAGUGGUACCCGUUUCUUUGUGCGGUUCAGGUGGUUGCGGCGGUUCCUCGGCCUCCGAAGAUUCGAACAUCGUCACAUCCAGGGCGGCGGACACCACCUCUAUCGACGCGGUCAGUACGAAAGGACCGAAUCCUUCGAUAGGCGAAGCCAGCCUGUCGCUCGCCAGCGGUAGUCAAGUACUUAGGGAUAUUGAUAGGGAGUCUGCUAGUACAGUGGCAUUGGCUGGCAGUCUAAAUCAAGCCGGGCAGAGGUUGGAAGUCCAAGCUGAUCUUGUGUCUGCUCAAAGAUUUAGCCUUAGUAGUCUUAGCGAGUCUGUGAAUGCAAGUAUCGCUGACGAUGCGGGUGCUAGCGUCAGAGCCUUGGCGGGAUCCAUGUUGAACUACAAGGCUCCUGGUAGCGAUUCAUGUAGUUGUAUAACAACGGAAGACUGCACAUCAGAACGUGUUCGAUUUGAUGAUAACGUCAGCUUCAUAACUGCUGCGCAAGCUGAGAAAACUAGUAUCGGCAGUAGUUGUAGCUUUCGAGCCCGGUGUGCCACCAAAUCGGCUUUGUCGAAGUCUGCUGCAGACAAGAUGUACAGCGAUACUUUGAGCAAUGACAGUGUCUGUAUAGAAAUCGAAGAAAAACCGAAGAAAUAUUCCUCACAAGCAGCUUUUCUACGCAGUCAAUUUUUUCAUUCCAUUAACGACGGCAAGGCGACAACCAAAAGUCUGGACGAAAAAACCAUCAUCGAGGUGUCGAACGAGACCUUGGACAAGCAAUCGUCCCAGCCUCUCAUCGUGGCCGGCUGCCAGGGAGCGCAGACCGUAAAGUUGUCGACUUCUUUGAAUUUCGAAAAUUCCAAAUUAUAGUUACCCUGAUUUUCUCAGUCAACAACAUCGUUGUAGAUUUUUGCCCAAGACUGAUCGUUCGGUAAAAUAGUCCGCGUUUUUUUUGUAAGAAUAUUCUGUACUUUUUGGAACGACAACGAAAAAUGUAGAAUCAUUUAUACUGUUACAACGACCAUUAUUUUUUUGUAAUGAUAGAUUAGAAAAUCUAAAAAUUUAAACCUAAGUCUCAAAAUAACUUUUUUUGGAUACUUGAAACAUUUAAAGCUAUUUAAGAACUUCAAAACAAGAAGACUUCAUCAAUAAAGUGAUUCAUUCUGAAUUAAUAAAGGACUGAUCAAAUGUCUUUCUUCUUUCAAAUAAUUAAUAUUUAGCGAAAAUCGUUCUACCCGUUUAUUUAUAUUCUAUUGAAAAGUACAAAUUAUUCUUAUUUCAAAUGUGUUUUUGAGGUGUAUUAUAUAAAUGUGUGAUAUACAGUGUGUGCUAUAACGUAAAAAAUAACCACACCGUCGAACAUUAUUAACAAAAAUUGGUAUGGAAUUGUUGUCUUCUCAUCCUUUUUAAGCGUUUUCAAUGAAUGUAAAAUUGCCGGUUACGGGAGUGUAUAAAAAAUGUUAAAAACUAAAUUUUUUUACUCGGAAUAUCUCGUUGACGUAAAAUGUCAUUAGAAACGAGUUUCUCUAAUAACUUUUUUUCAUAUUUAAAAAAGGCAAUUUUUGAUAUGGGCUAUUUUAAAUAAGCAGAGGUGAUUGCCUGCCCUACGACGUCUUUUUUCAUUCGUAAUAUUAAAAAAUCAAACUUUAUGGCGCACAUUGUAUGUAAAUCGGCUGGCAUCCAGAGAUUUGCUUCUAAGCAUCUAGGAACCCGUCUCCCGCUUGUAGGCCGUUCAAUCAUUCAUAUUAUCACUAGCAUGGAAAGUUCUACAAUGUCUUGUCUACAUUGGUUCAAUCGUGCACAGUUUCCAUUACGUUAGCAGGGUUAGGAAGUGAGAAAGUAAAAAUAUAUCCUAAUAUCGUUAAUUCCGACCCGUCAUUUUUUUUAAUCUUCUCUUAAGAAAAUAUUUAAAAUCCUAAAAUGCAGACGAGUGUAUGUUAGACUCCUUUCUAUUCCCAAUCGUUCUUCAACAUGCAGAGUUCUUGUAAACCCACACCAGAUGCUUCUUCACCGUCCUCGCUCAUUGCUAAUCUUUUUUCGACAGACAUACUUUUUAUAAUCUGUUGGUAUAAGUAACAUCUCCGCAUCAUUUUUAACCAUUCUUCGGCAUGCUGACUUCUUGUAUACCGCCUCUCGAGACUUUAUCAACACCCUACAUCAUCCCUAACCCUUCUUGUACCCUAUCUUUUAGAU